AUGUCAGCUUUGAAAGAUUUAAGUUAUAAGGAAGAUGAAGAUGGUGAACUUCCAUCUCUAGUUACUGGCACUGAAUCAAAUAUUGUUGAAAUUUUAAAUAAUACUAAAAGUGAUGGUGGUAUUAAUAUCAUCAGUGAGAAUAAAUUAUCAAGAGCCAACAAACAAGUUGAAGAAUCAGGAAUCAUUAUCAAUAAUGCUUCCUCGAAGACAAGUACUUCAAAAAUUCCAAUAUCAAUUAUUACAGGCUAUUUAGGUUCAGGGAAAUCGACUUUAUUAGAGAUGAUUGCAAUGAAAGGUUCUGAUAAAAAGAUUGCAGUUAUAUUGAAUGAAUUUGGCGAUUCGAGUGAGAUUGAAAAAGCUAUGACUAUUAGAAAUGGUUCUGCAUCUUAUGAAGAAUGGUUAGAUUUAGGUAAUGGUUGUCUUUGUUGUUCCUUGAAAAAUAUUGGUGUAAAAGCCAUCGAAGAUAUGGUGACUAGAUCACCUGGGAAAAUUGAUUAUAUACUCUUAGAGACAUCAGGUAUAGCUGACCCUGCACCAAUUGCCAAGAUGUUUUGGCAAGACGAAGGUUUGAACAGUUGUAUUUAUAUCGAUGGUAUUAUCACUGUGUUGGAUAGCGAAAAUGUAUUAAAGUGUUUGGAUGACAUUUCACCAGAGACUCACUGGCACGGUGAAAAAGUGAUAAUGGAGAAUAAUUUAACAGUAGCACAUUUCCAAAUAGCAAUGGCUGAUCGAAUUCUACUAAAUAAGUUUGACAAAAUUGAAAAUGAUCCAAACUUCAUUACAAAAAUUGAAGAUAGAGUCAGACAAAUAAAUUCAAUGGCACCUAUGUAUAACACAAAAUAUGGAGAUACACCAAUAGACACAUUGUUAGACCUACAUGCGUACGACAAUAUCGAUGUAGAAUCACAGAUUAACAUUGCAAGACCAACAUUGCACGAUCCAAGAAUGAACACAGUAACGCUGACAUUCAGGCCAUUGAAAAGUGAACUUGAAUUCCAAAAAUUCUUAAAACAAUUCCUACAAGUAUUGCUAUGGAGAGAUUUUGGAGUAGUAUACACGGAAUCAGAUAGGAUUACACAUUUUAACGAUACCAAAGAUUGGGAAAUCCAAAGAACAAAGGGUCUCAUCAUAAUCGAAGACACCCAAAGUCCAAAUUCAAGUCCAAAUCUAAAAGUAAAAGUAAUUCAAGGAGUAAGAGACACAUACGACGUACUACCAGGAACUGACGUUUCAAAUAACACCCAAUGUAAACUAGUUUUCAUUGGCAAAUAUCUUGAUAAAGAUAAAGUUCAAAAGUUUCUCGAUGAAAUCUUAAACUAA